CCGGGGCGGGCAGCGGCGAGGGGCGAGGCCCGGCUGCGGGGGCCGCUCGGGCCCGAACGAGCCCGCGCCGCGCUCAGCCCGGCAGCCCCGCGCCCUGAGCAUCUCCCGGAGGCGCGGAGACAAAGGAGGAUUCAUGUCCAAAGGGCUCUCGGACGCAGCCAUGUCAGAGCUGGUGCCUGAGCCCAGGCCGAAGCCGGCAGUGCCCAUGAAGCCCGUGAACGUCAGCGUCAACUCCAGCCUGCUGGGCUACGUGGGCAUUGACACCAUCAUCGAGCAGAUGCGCAAGAAGACCAUGAAGACAGGCUUCGACUUCAACGUCAUGGUCGUGGGUCAGAGCGGGCUGGGCAAGUCGACGCUGGUGAACACGCUCUUCAAAUCCCAGGUGAGCCGCAAGGCCUCCAGCUGGAACCGAGAGGAGAAGAUCCCCAAGACGGUGGAGAUCAAAGCAGUGGGGCACGUGAUAGAGGAAGGCGGCGUCAAGAUGAAGCUCACGGUCGUGGAUACACCGGGCUUUGGGGACCAGAUCAACAACGAGAACUGCUGGGAGCCCAUCGAGAAGUACAUCAACGAGCAGUACGAGAAGUUCCUGAAGGAGGAGGUGAACAUCGCCCGGAAGAAACGCAUCCCCGACACGCGCGUGCACUGCUGCCUCUACUUCAUCUCGCCCACCGGACACUCCCUGCGACCGCUGGACCUGGAGUUCAUGAAGCACCUCAGCAAAGUCGUGAACAUCAUCCCGGUCAUCGCCAAGGCCGACACCAUGACGCUGGAGGAGAAGUCAGAAUUCAAGCAGAGGGUCCGCAAGGAGCUCGAGGUCAACGGCAUCGAGUUCUAUCCCCAGAAGGAAUUCGACGAGGACCUGGAGGACAAGACGGAGAAUGACAAAAUUCGGCAGGAGAGCAUGCCCUUUGCCGUGGUGGGGAGUGACAAGGAGUACCAAGUGAACGGCAAGCGCGUGCUCGGCAGGAAGACCCCCUGGGGAAUCAUUGAAGUGGAGAACCUCAGCCACUGUGAAUUUGCCCUGCUUCGUGACUUCGUGAUCCGGACCCACCUCCAGGACCUCAAGGAAGUGACGCACAACAUCCACUACGAGACCUACCGGGCCAAGAGGCUCAAUGACAACGGAGGCCUCCCCCCGGGAGAAGGUCUCCUGGGCACUGUCCUUCCACCGGUGCCAGCCACCCCCUGCCCCACAGCUGAGUGAAGGCCCUUCCAAGCGCCGCUUCUCCUGCCACGCCUCGCGGCUGUUAGAGCUGCCGGCCGUGGCCUUCGGGGCGCUGAGGGGGGCCGCCCUCAGCAGGCGGCAGCGGCUGGCUGCCUCCCUAGGACACUUUGCUUCCUCCACGCUCCACGCCACCCUCUCCCUGUGGAAUGGAGCUCUCGCCGCACUGCCCUCCAUCGUGUGUCCGCCGGUCCCGGCCUGUCUGUGGGGUGAAAGAACUCACCAAGCGCUGCUUCUGCCCUUGCCACCCCAUGCCAGCCACCUGUGACCACCUCCCAGGGAAUGGCACGGCCCCCUCCCUGCUCGCUGCAUGCGCCGCUCUUGGACCCCCUCAAGGGCCCAAGAAGGCAACCUUGCUUCUUGUCAGAUUUGUGGACGUCAGCUGUGUGAGCCCCGCUGUGGAACAAGGGUGUCUCCUGCAUUAUCUAAAGCUUAUUUGUCAGGAUGGAUCAUUCCAGAAGGGGGAGCAAGGGCUAGGAUUGCUUUUUUUUUUUUUUAACACACCUCACCCCAUUUGGCCGUAUAGUUUCACAUCCUUUCUUACCCCACAAAGUAGCUACUUUGGAAGAGUGAUUUCCCUGAAGAGACAUUUCUGGAACUGACUUCCUUGUCCUCAGACUUUUAAGGAAAAAAAAAAAAAAAGGAGGGGAACUAAACACACACGCAGAAAAUUCCAGAAGCCCACAAGAUGUGAAUUUGAGGAAGAAAAACUUACUCUUCUGUCCAUGUAGCAAUAAGAGGGAGCUCUUCCCAGCCACCCCUGGAGUAGUCCCACCCAGUUCAUGUGAGUCAUGAGUUAACUGCGCACAGUUGCCACUGUGGGCCAGUGGAAAGUCCCCCGCAGAGGGCAAAGCCCUCCAUCAGAUGCAUGAAUGUUCGCGAAUGUGGCUGCCAGUCCCCCUUCACUGUGUCUUUAUGAAACACCUCCCCUCCCCAACACCCCCCCAUCUCCACCUGGACACAACUUGCUCAAAGGCUGGUGACUUGUGGGCCACUGACCUACCAACCAAGUCCUGUGGGAGCACGAGGCCCAAGCCUAGGGGAUGCAGAACGACCCGUUUCUUCAACGUUGCCAGUCCCAGCCCACCUUUUGGUGACGCGAUGAUUCAAGUUCCCAACCAAGCCAACAAACAUUCAAACUGGUUGUGUAAAUGUUGCUAGAUUUUCUGUGUUGUAUAACUAAAUGUUGCUGUUUGAACAGCCGC